AUGCCGGGAAGCAUAAAACAUGAAAAAGAGGAAGUCAUCACGACCGACAGAGAUGGACAAAGAAGCCAAUUUGAUUCAGAAGAAGUGGAAGAGUCUCUUCGACUGAUCGAAGAUGUCAAGUUUUUCCUAGCAACAGCCCCUGCCAAUUGGCAAGAAAAUCAAAUUAUUCGUAGAUACUAUCUGAACAACGACCAGGGUUUUGUGUCGUGCGUUUUCUGGAAUAACCUGUACUAUAUUACCGGCACCGAUAUCGUCAAGUGCUGUGUGUACCGCAUGCAAAAAUUUGGGAGAGAGGUUUUGGACCGCAAGAAAUUCGAAGAAGGCAUUUUUUCAGACCUGCGACAUCUUAAAUGUGGAGUGGAUGCUACUCUAGAGACUCCAAAAUCGGAGUUUCUGUCGUUUCUGUUCAAAAAUAUGUGUCUUAAGACCCAAAAAAAGCAGAAGGUUUUCUUCUGGUUCAGCGUACCGCACGAUAAACUAUUUGCUGAUGCUUUGGAAAGGGAUAUGAAGAGACAAAGUGCAAGCCAAACCUCGACCACUCGUGCUAUUAGCGAGCCUGCUCUUUCCUUCACCUACGACGAUCGUUUGGGUCUCUCAUUGUACGACCAAUUGGUACAGCAUAUGCAGGUAAAGCGCACUAGAAAUUCCAAAGCAUCCACGGUAGAUUCUACCUUGCCCUCUACGCAUACAACGGGCACUUACAACCUAACAGAUACCAAAACCACGGAACCUCUCGAGGAAAGUCCUGCUAACGUCAAAGAUGAGAAUGUCGGUUUGGAUGUUGAGCUUGCAUCGGACACCAUGGAAUCGAAAUUCGCAGCCCAACACCCAACAUUGAGCGUUCCACAAGCCUCGCCUGAUGAGCUGGAUUUGAACCCCAUUUCGCAACCCAUCCGCUUCACCAAGGAAAAUGGUGAACAGGAUGAUUUUCCUCUAGACUAUUUCCCAGUCGAGGUCGAAUAUCCAGAUGAAACUCUGAAAUCUGGCGCCGCGAACUUUUAUUACGAAAACGAUUUUGACGCAGGGCACAUACCUUUGUCUGCUAUUCCGCCGGUUUCUGCAGGCUUCUAUGAAAACUCACAUUUUCCAGAGGAAGUCACAUUUGCACCGCCGCCGGUUACUUCAGCGGCAAGACUCGUAUUCCAGGUGCCACCUCCGCCAUUAUCCGCCACACGUUCCCAAUUUAUUACGAAUGGCGAAUACUAUGCAUCAUAUGUUAAGGAGCAUGAAGAGCGCGGUAAUGAGAGGCUCUCGCCCGAAUUCGAGCAAGACAAAGAUGCUCAGGAAUUCGUAGGUUACCCCCGCGACUCGGAACGAAAUUCGAAACAGUUUUCUUCUAGUCAUAGACAAGGAACAGAUGGCCGGACCUAUCAUAAUAGCUUUCACAUGGGAUCUGUUUAUCCAAACAGAUAUGCAUACCCUCCCAUCGAAUUCCAACAGCAAGGUACUCUUGAUCCUGUAAUGAGUAGAAGUUACGCCAUGGAGGACUAUCUAUCGGACAACGCUGCUCUUUACGAUUCAUAUCCCGCUGGUGCUUAUUGUCCGCCCGCCAAGCCGUACACUCCAGCGUAUCGACUGACACCUGUAGCCCCUACGACUCCUUUUGUGGGCGCUGCGGCAUAUGGUAACAAACAAGUUCCCAUUGGUCAACCAAAGAGCCACCCCAUCAAUCCAUACUAUCAAUCCUCUCCGAAUUUUCAACGUUGGAACAACGUGCAUGGGUACUUGAGAGGAUUUCCAUCCAUUCAGGCAACCUCGGCACCUCAGGUCCCACCACAUGCAAUGCAGCAUCCGCAUUCUGCGUCCAAAGCAUAUUUCAAUCGGCCUAAUAUGGUCCAUAAGGGUUCCGCAAGAACGCCGAUACAAAGGACACGCGUCAAAAAGCCGACCCCAGUAUCACGCUCUGCUAUGGUCUACAACCACAAUCAUGGCAAGAGUGACGCCGUUCAAGACGUAACUAAUAUACGCAUUUCAUCUCCUGCACCCAGUAUCAAAGACGAUUAUCCUGCUAACGAUUUGAAGGAUACACUUUCGAGAAAAGUUGAGGAUCGCAAGACAAUUUACAAAUGA